AUGCAUUUCCUCUGCCUUCACGGCGCCAUCGGCAACACCGAGACUAUCACCAUUCAGUUGGCACCACUAUUGAAGGAGUUAAACACCGACAAUUCAACAACAACCUUUCACUAUCUCAAUGGUCCUCUCCUGGUUUCUCCUCCCCCAGGAUUCGAGGCGUAUUUCGGUGUGGGACCGCAUUACCGGUGGAUUGAUGACGGCCAAAAGCCCGGAAAGUCCACGAUUCGGCGCGUCCGGGACCUUCCAACUAGCGAGAGCAAUGAUGAUGCCAUGAGGGAGGUCUUAGGGGAUGUACACUGUCGAAACUAUACAGAUCUCAUGGAUUACAUUGAGGGUGUCUUGGAGAAGAACCCAGAAAUCGGCGGGAUGAUCGCCUACAGCGAAGGAGCUGCGGCAGCUGCGACGUAUAUUCUCGAUGAACAACGUCGACAUCGCGAAGACGGCCGCGAGCGCCAAAUCAAGUGUGCCAUGUUCGUUGGAGGCUGGCCGGCCAUGAGGCGAGACACGAAGGGGUUCAUCCUUGCAGAUGACGGCGGGGAUGAAAUGAUCGACAUUCCCACGCUUCAUGUCCUAGGGGCGAACGACCCUUACCGAUAUGGCUCGGAAGCACUCUUUGAAACCUGCGAUCCUGAUGCAGCUGAGUUCUUUGAUAUGGGCAAAGGCCAUACUCUUCCACGGUCGGGGCUGGUGAUCAGUGAAUUAGCGCAGUCAGUGCGGGACUUGUUCAGAAGGACGGAGUAG